CCUUUUCUCUUCUAUUAAAAUGCCAUUUCUCUCAACAUUAAUCUCCCCCCUCCUCUCCUAACUUUACAAUAAAAUUCAAUGCAAGAAGCAAUUCCAUUUAGAGCAUACCUCCCGGCCACCGCAACAAGCGGCAGCAACCGGCAGUUUCCGCCACGAGACGGCGGAAAUGUACUAGUACUCGGCACCAAUAUUGGAGAAAACUAUGUGCAUAAAUUAGUGCUAGAAAAUUCUGUUAUUGUAUUUGGUAAACGUGGAUGUUGCAUGUGCCAUGUUGUGAAGCGGCUGUUAUUAGGGUUAGGUGUUAACCCCGCCGUGUUUGAGGUGGACGAGAAGGAAGAAGCCGCCGUGAUCGACGAGCUAUCGAACGUUAACGGUGGUAGAAAGAGAGAAGACGGUGGAAAGGUGCAGUUUCCGGUGGUUUUUGUAGGUGGAAAAUUGUUUGGUGGAUUAGAACGAGUUAUGGCGACUCAUAUUUCCGGUGAGUUGGUGCCUAUCUUGAAAGAUGUUGGAGCUUUGUGGCUAUAAUCACUAGAUUAUUUUAGAAUUUUCUGAUUUUAAUUUAUGUUAUAUAUUGUGUUCUUUCUCUAAUUAAAAUCUUGAGAGAGGAAAUAUACAAGAAUUUUUUUCUC